AUGGUAUUACCACUCCCAACCCCUCUACGCCGCAGGGACCGUGCACCCAAGACUUUUCCAGCUGAGGUCUCCGUCACGCCGGUGCCGACUCCCCACGGACCUUGGGUGAACCAGCAGCAAAAGGUGAGAGCCAUACCCCGGGAGAGGACCUCUCCACCUCCAUUGUUCGAGAUCCCAACCAGGAACCACUUCGCCCCGCUCCAUCAGACCAGACCAAACGCUGUGAUCGUCGGGGACUCCAUUGUGCGAAUCGUCGGCGUUGCGUCAACAAAGGGUAAGGUAUCCGGGAUCCUGAAGAAGGACGAGCGCAUUGGAGUGGUUGUGCUGCACGUGGGGGCAAACGACAUCAGGUUGCGGCAGACAAAGGUUCUGAAGAGGGACUUUGCCAGCCUGAUCGAGACAAAAUUAAGUUAUUUAAAACGAUUGUCUGUUUUGUGUUUGAAAAUAGAGAAAGCGGAUUUCCUAAGUCCUAAGGCAAUUAGCAUUCGGAUUGAAGCGAAAGGCCUGCAAAAGUUGAAAUGGUAUUGUCAGAUGUGUCAGAAACAGUGUCGAGAUGAAAAUGGGUUUAAAUGCCACUGCGUGUCCGAGUCUCACCAGCGCCAGUUACUGCUGGCCUCAGAGAAUCCCAACCAGUUUAUGGACCUCUUUUCAGAUGAGUUCAAGAAUGACUUUUUGGAGCUGUUAAGAAGACGCUUUGGAACAAAACGAGUUCACAAUAACAUCAUCUAUAACGAGUACAUCAGUCAUCGGGAGCAUGUUCACAUGAAAUCCACUCAGUGGGAGACGCUCACAGAUUUCACUAAAUGGCUGGGGAGAGAAGGUUUUUGUAAAGUGGACGAGACGCCCAAAGGCUGGUACGUUCAGUACAUCGAUCGUGAUCCAGAGACAAUCCGCAGACAGGAAGAGCUGGAGAAGAAGAAGAAGAAGAAGAAGAAGAAGAAGAAGAAGAAGAAGCAGGAUCUGGACAAUGAAGAGCGCAGCGCAAAAUUAAUCGAAGAUCAAGUGCGACGAGGCCGAGAGGGCAAGAAGCCGGAGGAGGAGCCUGUGUUUACUGAACUGAAGAGGGAGAACGAGGAAGAGAAAGUUGCCUUCACCUUGGGUGGUAGCUCCUCCUCCUCUGUAGGCCCAGCUAAAGCAAGCACAUCUCUGGGUUCGAACGCCCUGAAAAUGGCAGCGUCUGGUAAAAGAAAAGAUGCAUCUCACAGCACCGACUCCAAGAAGAAGAGGAAGAAAUCUGCACUCGACGAAAUCAUCGAGAUGGAGGAGAAGAAGAAGAAAUCGGUGAGGUCAGACAAUUGGAUUCAGCCGGACAUAGUGGUCAAGGUGGAAAAGCAUCAUGCAAGAGAUCUAAUGCUUGAUUCAAAGAGGGUGCCACUGUAUAAGUGAUUGUGUCAUCAGCAUGCAAAUGCAUCUUAGCUGGAUUCAUUCCAUGAAAUAAAUCAUUUAUGAAGACAGAAAAUAAGAUGGGGGCUAAAAUAGAUUCUCCGGGACACUUUUGUUUACUGAAAGUAAGGCUGAGCUACAAUUUUCAAUGACACAUUGAGUUCUUUCAGAUAAAUAAUUCUUAAACCAAUUCAGAGCCAAUUCACUAAAGCCUAUACAGCUAAGUCUCUGAAGCAACAGGUCAUGAUCUAUAGAAUCAAACACUUUAGACAAAUCAAUAAAUAGAGCUGCACAAUGCUGUUUACUGUCUAAAGAUUUAAUGUCAUUCUAGCAUAGCUGCUGUUAUAGUACUAUGGUCUGAUCUAAAGCCUGACUGAAAUUCACUAAGAAAAUUAUUAUCAGAUAAAAUCUGAUAAUAUUUUAAUUAAUCUUUUACCAAAGUUUCAAAUACUUUAGCCAUAACAGACAGUCUGAAUACAGGACGGUAAUUAUUCUAAUCAGAUAGGUCUCCACCCUUUAAUAGAUGGAGGGCCAUAGCUGAUUUCCAGACAAUGGCUAUGAUGUUAGAAGAUAAACUCAGUUUAUAAAUAGAACUAAUAGGCUCUGCAAUAAUAUCUGCUGCAAUUUUGAAAUAAUAAGGCUCUAUCAUAUCAGGAGAUUUUUAUUUAUUUAUUUAUUUAUUUAGAACAAUUUAGGCUUAAUAGAGUCUUUAUGGACUUGUGUAACUGAGAUAGGAGUAAAAGUGAACAGCUGAGUAGGGCAACAUGGAACAGGUGCAACAUUUCCCUUUGCAACUAGAAAUGUAAUUAGAAUAAAAAAUCGAGCCAGCAGAAAUAAAAUUUGCCAUAUUGGUUCUACCCUUGAUUACACACUGAUUCACAUUUAAUAAAUCAGGAAGUCUGUUUGACACAGUAAAACCGAGGAGGAUUUGAUUAAUUUCCAAAACUUGACUUAUUUUUGACUUAUUUGAUUAAUUUUGUACAUUUAUUUCUUAAUAUUCCAUAUAAAAUACAAUCCAAGGCGUUAUUUGUUUUCUUUGUUUUGGCCCAAAGAACAUCUCUUUGUCUGAUAAAAGUGGAAAUAGAUUCAGUAAACCAAGGGUUAUCUCAUUCUAAAUCUUCUAAAAGGUGCAUGUUUAUCACAUAUAGUAAAAAAAAGAGAAGGGAUUUAAAAUAAUCCCAAGCUAGAUCAACAUCAGCUAUUUGUGAGACAAUAUGCAAGUCACUAUUAUAAACAUCAUGCAAAAAAGCUUGUUCAUUAAAUUGUUUAAAUUGUCUUGUAUAGAUAAAACAUGGUAUACUCUUAGGCAUCUUACAAUUUCUCAUGCCGACAACUGUACAUUGAUCGCAAACAUCAUUACAAAAAAUUAAGAUCAAGUAAUUUAACCAUGUCUUUUUUAUUUAACUGGGUUGGUGAGUUUAUCAGCUGCAUCUGACAAAGAGAGUCACAAAUGUCCUUGAAUGAGUCUGAGGAUGAUGAUGAUAACCAGUCCCAGUUUAGAUCUCCAAGUAAAACCAACUCCGAUUUAGCUCAAUUGUGAAGAUCAAUAAAAGAAAAGUGGCUGCUUCACUUGAAGCUGAAGGUGUAGGUGCACAAGUGCAGUUAAACUUAGAGUUAACAGACUACAAUCCCUCCUCCUUUUUAGUGCGGUCUGUUCUAAAGACAUUAUAACCCUCGAUUUUAACCAUGUCAUUUGUGACGGAUUUCUUUAACCAUGUCUCAGAAAAGGCCAUGAUUUCAGAGUCAGUCAAGUCAACCCAUAUUCUUAUUAAGUCUAUUUUAUUUACCAGACUUUGUACAUUAAUAUGGAAAAGCUGUAGUCUGUUUGUAGGUUUAAAUUCAUCGGAUGUUUUAAGCUGCGUCAGCUCUAGGCCUGGAUUAGGUUGAAUAUUGCCCGAUAGUAAAAACACAUGAAAACAAACCAGUUCCUCCUCACUGGGCCAUCAGCCGAGCUGCCGCCACAGGUAUACACAGUAUAGGUUGACAGCCUCCCACUCCCC